AUGUCUCAAGUUAUUCGUUAUGUGGUUGUAAAUGAAAAUGGAUGUGAAAUCGUGGAAAGUUUUCUAGGUUUUUUACAAGUUUUUAAAAAAACUGGUGAGGCAAUAACAGAAGAUAUUUUGAGAAGCUUAUCUAAUCAUAGUAUUGAUUUAUCCUACUGUCGCGGUCAAUCAUAUGACAAUGGAGCUAAUAUGGCCGGGAAAUGGAAAGGUGUUCAAGCUAGGAUCAGUUCUAUAAACUCUUUGGCUAGGUUUAUUCCUUGUACGGCCCACAGUCUAAACUUAGUAGGUCUUUAUGCCGCUAAAUGUUCACCAGAAUUAGAAAAUUUCUUUGGUAUAGUUCAAAAAUUGUUCAAUUUUUUCUCUAGUUCUACUCAGAGAUGGGAUAUUCUUAAAGAACAUCUUAAAUUUUCAUUGAAAGGUUAUAGUACGACCAGAUGGUCUGCAAAACAACGCGCUGUUAAAUCAUUAUAUUUGCAGUUAGGCCAAGUUAUUCAUGUUUGUAAGUUACUCAAAAAUAGUAAUUUAUGUGAAGAAGCAAGUGUUGAAUUAAAUGGUUUGUUGAAAGGGAUAGCAAAUUUUAAAUUUAUAUGUAUGUUAAUAAUAUGGAAUAAAAUAUUAACGGCAAUUGAUAGAGUUAAUGUAAUUUUACAAAAACAGAACAUUACAAUAGAUAUAGCCACUCAACACUUAAAAGGUCUGAUAUAUUUUAUUGAGAAAUUUAGGGAAGAAGGUAUUGAAGAAGCACUUGAUGAAUCAAAACAAAAAUCAACUGAGCUAUCAAUAGAACCGGUAUUUCCAUCGAUUCGAGUUAGAAAAAAGAAAAAAAUGCCUGGUGAAUUAGCGGAGGACGAAUCAUCAACAUUAUCCGAAGAAAAUAAAUUUAGAAUUUUAAUGAAAAACGUCUGUGAUAGAAUCUUGAACGGCUUAAAAGAAAGAUUUGACUCAAUUGAUGAAGCUGCAAAAGAUUUUUCUUUUUUAGAUGGAAAGUUUUUAUUUAGUAUGCCAACAAUUCAAUUAAAAAAACAUGCUAUGGACUUUUGUAUCAAAUAUGAAAAAGAUAUUGACAAAAAUGAAUUAAUUUUAGAGUUGGAUAGUUUUACUCAACAUGCAAUUCAAUUGGAUAAUAAAUUAAUAGAUGCUCGUUCACAUGAAAUUUUAAAUUUUAUUCUUAAAAAUAGUCUUCAAGAAGCUUAUCCUAACAUAUUCACAGCUUAUCAAAUAUUUUUGACAUUACCCGUUACAUCGGCAUCUUGUGAACGUAGUUUUAGUAAACUGAAACUAAUUAAAUCAUAUCUAAGAUCAACUACAAAGCAAACAAGAUUAAAUGACCUGUCAAUUAUAUCCAUUGAGCACCAAGUUGCUAAAUCCAUAGAUUAUGAAGAUAUCAUUAAAGAAUUCGCGUCAAAAAAAUCAAGAAAAAUAAUUAUUAAAUAG